AUGGUGGAAGAGGAGCAUUCCUACGAAAAGUAUUUGUGGAAAAAUACCCAUUUUGCAGACUACAAUGGGAACUGGGGAGAGUGGAGUAAGUGGGAAUGUACUGAGCCAUGCAAGUCUGGUGUUAAGGCUAGGAGGGAGCGCUACUGUGACGACCCUGCUCCAACACCUGGACAUCACUGUAUUGGGGAUGAGCAGGGGGCACAAAAGCAGGUAGAACCUGCUGCGUGUGAGGAGUACUGUGCAAAAGAGUGGAGUGAGUGGAGUGAGUGGUCUGUGUGCUCCAUGACCUGUGAUGCUCCUGUCAGGAAGAGGAUCAGGGACUGUCUGGGGAUCGGGGCUCCCUGUCCUGGAGAGAAGGAGGAGGUCAAGGACUGUGAUCAAAAGUGGAGGCAUGACCCCUGUCCUCCUCAGCAUGGUGAGUGGGGCUUGUGGGGCCCAUGGUCACCAGACUGUUACCCACAGUGCAAUGAAGGACUGCACACCAGACACAGGGACUGUGACAGCCCUCCCCCUAUAGGGGAGGGGGAAUACUGCGAAGGAGAGGAUGAAGACACAAAGGAGUGUGAGGUUCCGGAGUACAUGAUGAAUCAGUGUGGAGCUGUAGCAGAGUGGACCAAAUGGGGAAAGUGGCAACAGUGCACAGCAACCUGUGGCAGGGCUAUGGGAUUCAGGGUAAGGCAGUGCAAGAACCCAGAUGGUAGUCUGACAAACUCCUGUCGUGGGCAGGACAAGCAAGAGGCUCAGUGUUCCCUACCACCAUGUUCUUUACUGCUAGAACAAGGGAAACCCACAGAGGAACAGCUAAAGAAACAAGCACUUGAACAACUUAUGGAGGAAGAGAAAGCCAAAAUCCAUCACGACAUAACAGUAGAGACAGUUGCAGAUGUUAAACUACCCUGUAAACAUGUAAAGACUCAGAUGUCUCCUGAAUCAGCGGAGUGGAAAAAAGACGGCAAGUCCAUCGAGGUGGAGGGAAAACACUUGGUGUUGGACAAGUGGGAUCUUACUAUCAGGUCCACUGAGGUUGAAGACACAGGCAUUUAUGUGUGCAGAAGGGGUGACUUGAAAGACAGGCCAAUAAUAUACGCAGUAACAGUUAUCCCAGACAAGGCUAAACCUCCACAGAUUGUGAAGUCUGAAGCCCACACCAAGCUGCCCUGCAAACCCGGGGUGUUAGCCAUCCUUAUCAAGGGGGCCACUGCUGUAUGGAAAAGGGAUAACAAGGUCAUCAAGAAAAUGGACGACCUGAAAAGCCCCAGUCUUGUAAUGACCAAACCUAUUGUGGAGGACUCUGGCUUAUACACCUGUACUGUGAAAGAUCCAGAGACGAAGAGACACUACACAACCAACAGGGUGCAACUAAAGGUUGUCAAGGCCAACAUGAUGGACAAAGCCCUUGGCAAGGCUCUUGAUAUCAAAUCUAACAACCCAGCUGUCUUCUUCGGGGCCAUUGGUGGAGUAGUGGGUUUCAUAGUGCUUGUUGGCAUUGUGUGCUUGAUCUUGAAAAGAAUCCAGGCCAAGGAAGUGGAGGAGCAGCCAUUGUCGUCUGAUGAGGAAGAGAAAAUUGGAAUGAUACCGCAGGGGUCCCAGUCUGAGGAGAGUGAGGGAGAGGAGGGACCAGUAGAUGACAAGGGAGAGGGUGGUGGAGAGGGUACAACUGAGGUCGCACCAGAAGAGGAAAAGGGAUCAGGCAGUGAUCAGAAUGCAGAACAAAAAGGUGACACUGAUGAGGGAGAAAGUGACAAUGAAGGUGAUGAUGAUGGAGACAGUGAUGGUGGAGGAAGUGAAAGUGGAGGAAGUAAUGGUGCAGGAAAGGAUAAAGAUACAGGUGCAGAAAGUGAUGAUGAGGGUGAGGAGUCUAGUGAAGAUGAUAGUGAUCAGACUUAGAUUAGACAUGUCUUGGUAGUUAAGACUAACAUUGAUGAAAAAGACUGAUUUGUCUGCAUUUCAUGCAGAAUUGAAGGAAUUAUGAGAACUUGUUUAUUAUUGCACAGAAGUUAGGUAUGUAAUCUGUAUCUCAUUCUUGCUGUCUUUGCUACAACUAAUAGU